GCCUUCCAAUUUUCCCACUUACAAGUCAUAAAAAUCAAACUAGUGACUGGAUAACAUUCAGAACACGUAAAUCAAUCCAAACAACAACCAAAUAUAUGGCUUCUAUUCAAGAUUCAAACUAGAAUCAAAAACCAACUUAAAAACCUCCAUCAAUCUAAACUAUUUCUACACUAUCAUUGUGUUCUUUCAACCCCAAUUCCUUCAAUAAAAGAAAUUCUCACAUUAGUCACAAAUUAUGGCUUCUUCAAUGGCCAAUUCUUUGCUCUCUUCCAACUUCUUUGGAUCCCAAAUCUUUGUUUCUCCUCCCACCCCCAAAACCACAAAGAUUUCUCAUUUAUACCCCAAAAGAAAGUUUUUUCCAGUCCCACAAUCAAUUCUUAACAAAAAACCCAAUUCAGAUAAAGUAAAGUAUUUUCCUUCUGAAGCUGCUUUAGCUGCUCUCCUUUUCUCUUCAAUAACUCCACAAGCCUUUGCUCUUGACAACACUACACCAACAGCUCCACCCCCUUCAGUGGUUCAAGCUGAAACACCUAAACCCAACCCUUUAAAUCCAUCUCCUUUUUCGCAAAAUCUAAUCUUGAAUGCCCCAAAACCACAAGCUGCUCAGUCAUCCUCUGACAUUCCAGAUGGUUCUCAGUGGAGGUACAGUGAAUUCUUGAAUGCAGUUAAAAAGGGUAAAGUUGAAAGGGUUAGAUUUAGUAAAGAUGGAACUGUUUUACAGCUUACUGCAGUAGAUGGCCGUAGAGCCAGUGUAAUUGUGCCUAAUGAUCCUGAUUUGAUUGAUAUCUUAGCUAUGAAUGGUGUUGAUAUAUCUGUUUCUGAAGGUGAAGGUGGUAAUGGUUUGUUUAGUGUUAUUGGGAAUUUGUUAUUUCCCAUACUUGCUUUUGCUGGUUUGUUUUUCCUCUUCCGGCGGGCUCAGGGCGGGCCUGGUGGGCCUGGCGGGCUUGGCGGACCAAUGGAUUUUGGCCGGUCGAAGUCAAAGUUUCAAGAAGUGCCUGAAACUGGAGUGACAUUUGCUGAUGUAGCUGGUGCUGAUCAGGCCAAGUUGGAGUUGCAAGAAGUUGUUGAUUUCUUGAAAAAUCCUGAUAAGUAUACUGCUUUAGGUGCUAAGAUACCAAAAGGGUGUCUUUUGGUGGGACCACCUGGUACUGGUAAGACCCUUUUGGCUAGAGCAGUUGCUGGUGAGGCAGGUGUGCCGUUUUUCUCAUGUGCAGCAUCAGAGUUUGUUGAGUUGUUUGUGGGUGUGGGAGCUUCUAGAGUAAGGGAUUUGUUUGAGAAGGCGAAGUCGAAAGCGCCUUGUAUUGUGUUUAUUGAUGAGAUUGAUGCUGUUGGAAGGCAAAGAGGGGCAGGGCUUGGAGGUGGAAAUGAUGAGAGGGAGCAGACUAUUAAUCAGCUGUUGACAGAAAUGGAUGGGUUCUCUGGAAAUUCUGGAGUUAUAGUUUUGGCUGCAACAAAUAGACCAGAUGUUCUUGAUUCUGCCUUGUUGAGGCCCGGGAGGUUUGAUCGCCAAGUGACCGUUGACAGACCUGAUGUUGCUGGUAGAGUCAGGAUUCUUCAGGUCCACUCUAGAGGAAAGGCCCUUGCAAAAGAUGUAGACUUCGACAAGAUUGCUAGGAGAACACCAGGUUUCACUGGUGCAGAUCUGCAGAACUUGAUGAAUGAAGCAGCCAUCCUGGCAGCUAGGCGUGACCUUAAGGAAAUAAGCAAAGAUGAGAUAUCUGACGCUCUGGAAAGAAUAAUUGCUGGCCCAGAAAAGAAAAAUGCUGUUGUCUCAGAUGAGAAGAAGAAGCUGGUUGCUUACCAUGAGGCUGGCCAUGCUUUGGUUGGUGCACUCAUGCCGGAGUAUGAUCCCGUUGCCAAAAUCUCUAUAAUUCCGCGUGGCCAAGCUGGUGGUCUUACCUUCUUUGCCCCAAGUGAAGAGAGACUCGAGUCUGGCCUCUACAGCAGGAGCUACCUGGAGAACCAGAUGGCAGUUGCACUUGGUGGAAGAGUUGCUGAGGAGGUCAUUUUUGGACAAGACAAUGUUACAACUGGGGCAUCUAAUGAUUUCAUGCAAGUUUCACGAGUGGCGAGACAGAUGGUUGAGAGGCUUGGUUUCAGCAAAAAGAUUGGCCAAGUUGCCAUUGGUGGAGGUGGAGGGAAUCCUUUCUUGGGCCAGCAGAUGUCAACCCAGAAAGACUAUUCCAUGGCUACAGCCGACAUUGUUGAUGCUGAAGUAAGGGAAUUGGUGGAUAAAGCAUACGCGAGGGCAACACAGAUAAUCACAACUCACAUUGACAUCCUACACAAACUUGCUCAGCUGCUGAUAGAGAAGGAAACUGUUGACGGUGAAGAGUUCAUGAGCCUUUUCAUUGAUGGCAAGGCCGAGCUGUAUAUUUCAUAAGUCAUCAAUGUAUCUUCAGUGCUAAGUUGUAAAAAUAUUAUACAUACAAAUGUACACAUUGGAAAUUAUUUUCACAAAUUAUAGUGAACAAACUGCCAUGAGAAUCUA